AUGAAUAUUCCUGGUGAUCAGAGUGCAAGAGUUGCCGAGAGCAGCUCAUGUAUUGACCAAAGCUCCGCAAAGAUUGCCACUUUUAGUGACAAUGAGCCUUCUGUGACCAAGAAACAGAGCCCUGAGUCCUCAUCUGUGGUGGAUAAGCUCGAGACCGGUGAACAGGUUACUCAGAAAGUAACGACUCCCAUUGAAAGGAAGAGAAGAACCAGAAACUGCUCAUCACCCAGUUCUGCUCAAUCCAAGGUUAAGAAGCAAAAGAAAGCUGAAGAGGAAAAGAAAUCAAAAGCUGAGAAGAAAGAGCAAAAGAAAGCUGUACAAGAGGUGGAACCUCCAACAGGUUACAUUCAUGUUAGAGCAAGAAGGGGUCAAGCUACAGAUAGCCAUAGCCUUGCAGAGAGGGUAAGAAGAGAAAAAAUCAGUGAGAGGAUGAAGAUGUUGCAAAGACUUGUUCCUGGUUGUGACAAGGUAACUGGAAGGGCUGUGAUGUUGGAUGAGAUUAUCAAUUAUGUUCAGUCCCUACAAAAUCAAGUGGAGUUCCUCUCAAUGAAGCUUGCUUCUGUGAAUCCAAUGUUCUAUGAGUUUGGACCAGACCUUGGUGAUUUGAUGGUCAAACAAGAGGCAUCACCAUUUUCAACUGGACCACAAUGCAGCCCAACACAGCCAACAAAUUUUGCUGAUACCUCUACCACCGCUGCCACCACCACUUUCACAGCAGCUACUAACAACUAUCCUUUUCUGGAUUCACUUCUACAUCAAUCGCCGAGGCCGACUGCCUUCCAUCAGGACAAUGAGAGCCUAUUGUGGGAUGGGGAAGAUCAAAGACAAAGCUUUCUUAAUCCAUCUGGGUUCAACAACUUGUGUUCUUUCAAUUAAUAUAGCAUGCACCAACAACAAGCUGCCUGCCCUACCAAGCAUAUGUUUUCUAUGAGGAACUAUAAAGCUAGCAGCCAAAAUCUGAGAAUCAAAUCCAAGUAUCGGUUCCAUUGGAAAGGACUAGCUUUGCUUUGCUUUGGCUUAGCUUCUCCUUCAACCAAGUCAAACCAAAGGCACUGGUUUUCAAGUACAAUAUAUGAAUAAAGGUAGAGGGCAGCAAUUUCAAUGGAUGAAGAAGAAAGAACGAACACAAAAUCAAAAGGACAGAGAUACUGCUGACCGACCAAAGAAGACCAAGAUCUUUCCUGGAUCCCUUUGUUCCUGUCCAUUCUGGAUUAUUUGCGUUCACAAAUUCCAAGAACCCUGUAGUUAGCUUUGUAUUAUCAUUGUGAAAAUAUUACAAUGU